CCAACAGGUCUAACUUUUAUUGGGCAGACUACUAUUGACUAUUAACAAUUCUCUGCCUCCUCCUGCUUCUUUUUGCCAAAGUAGGAGGAACUCUGCUUGUAACACUUUGCAAAAGCCAAUAGGAAACGAGAGGUGGAGAAAUGCAAGUAGGCCUAGUUAGUUAAAAGUUAAAGUGCUAAAAAGAAAAUAGAGGCUGGUCAAACUUUGCCUGGCUGUGGAGGGGGAUAUGGAAAAGAAUGUCAAGUUCGAAACAAGAAAUUUUGGAUUUUACUUGAUUUCUGGGUGAAACAGUCUUCCUACAGAGGCGUGCGCAUUUACGCACUUGAAGAGUUGUUUGGGAAUCUGGGCGACACGAGAUCUAGCAACUUUUAAUCCGCCAAGAAUGACAGAAAAGAACAAGUCCUUGACGGACCAUCCGCGCAGUCCGGCGGGCAGCGACAGCUCCAUGUCUCAGCAUGGAUCGGAUUCAGAGUCCCCGACCUCUCCAGCAGGGUCCGACGCGCAGGAGGCAGCGCGUCCGCCCGGGAAUACGCGCAAACCGGAGAGCAGCGUGGAGGAUGAGCGCUUCCCCGCCUGCAUCCGUGACGCCGUGUCUCAAGUGCUCAAAGGUUAUGACUGGUCGCUGGUACCGAUGCCUUCUCAAGGGGAGAGAGGGCUUAAGAGCAAACCUCACGUGAAACGGCCGAUGAACGCGUUCAUGGUUUGGGCGCAGGCAGCGCGGAAGAAACUGGCGGACCAGUACCCUCAUCUGCACAACGCUGAGCUCAGCAAGACUCUGGGCAGACUGUGGCGACUUCUCUCUGAAGCAGAGAAGCGUCCCUUCAUUGAAGAGGCCGAGAGGCUGAGGCUGCAGCACAAGAAAGACUACCCAGACUACAAGUACCAGCCUCGGAGACGCAAGAGCACCAAACCGGGACAGGGGGACUGUAAACCUGGACUGGUCCAGCAGCAGCAUCAGCAGGGCUUGUAUAGGACAGAACCAGGGGUGGCCAGGCUGGCUUGUGCAGGGGAAGUGCACCAUCAUUACCAUCCAGACAGGACAGGUCAGUCUCAUGGACCUCCAACACCACCCACUACCCCUAAAACCGACCCUCACAUGGGGAACAAACAUGAGGGCCACCGGCCUGCGGACAGCAGCACCGGCUCUGUUCCUCCUGCCAGCCGUCAGAACAUUGACUUCAGUAACGUGGACAUCUCAGAGCUGAGCACUGACGUCAUCAGCAGCAUCGACGGAUUCGACGUCCACGAGUUCGACCAGUACCUCCCGCCCAACAGCUACGGCUCCACUGUUCUAACCCCACCAGAUACCAGCCACGGACAUAACAGCCCUUCUGGAUCCUUCAUCCUACCCAGCAUCCACUCUCACUCCCAAAGCAUUCCCACUUGGACACCCAAAAGUGGGACUUCCACUGGAAUGCCACCAUCCUCUUCCAGUCGUGUCACGCCUGGGCUCCACCAGGACACUAUCCAAAAACCUCAGAUUAAAAUUGAACAGCUUAGCCCGGGUCACUACAGCAGCUCCUCCACUCCUCCACCACCACAACCUGAGUACACCUCCCUUGGUUCCGGGGUCUGCCCGUCCUCCACAAACCAAUCUGACUACACUGACCUUCAAAGCUCCAGUUUCUACAGCGCCUUCUCUGGGUACCCUGCCAGUCUGUAUCAAUACCCGUACUUUCACUCCUCUCGCAGGCCUUAUGCCACACCGCUUAUCAACAGCUUGGCCUUGGGACCGCCUCCGCACAGUCCUCCCUCUGGCUGGGAGCAGCCUAUCUACACAACACUCACCAGGCCUUGAAAUGGAGGAAACCCCCUCAAAAGUUUGGCCAUAUGGUCAAAAACUUUAAUGACUACUCAGACUGGAACAGAACAUUGGCUUACUUUUAUGACUUAUAAGACAAUGUUUGGAGAUUUGAUGACUUAAGAGUUAAUUCGUAAGGUUUUGACCAGUAUGGACUUCUCAAGGACACUGAUGAUAUCUGUUGGCCAAAGCUUCAAAUGGCGUAUGUUGUGCAUCAGUAUAUUGUUAGAUUUGUUCAUUUUCAUGGAAAACAUUUUUUAAGAUUAACAAAGAUUCAGUGUUUUGACUCUUAAAGGUAAAAAAAGUAUAAAAAAAGGACUGAGAAAUUACAUUUAAACUUGUAUUGGACGCUAAAAUGUUCCAUUAAAACUCCACACUAAUGAAAUGUUGGUAUGUGAGUAGCACCUAUUUAAGACAGAGAGUUUCAGGUUUAAUAGCAGUUUUUCCACUCUUAAUCUGGCUGAGUAAAAUAGUUUCUUUACCUUCACCUUCACAUCGAUGGGUUCCAAAGUCAACUGUGUUGCAUUUUCAUUAAAACUGAAGGUAUUUAAUUUUUUUCCUUUUAUAGGGCAGCAUUAAGGGAAGGCUCUACAUUAUUAUGUAAGGAUUUUUCAGCCAGCAAUAAACAGUGUGUUUUGAACCAUA